GAGGUGUGUAAGAUGAACCUUUAAUCUGCAGAGAGGCUAAUCCUGCUCUCUCUUCUUGCUUAUGCUCAUCAGAGGAACAGAACACACACAUACACACACACACACAGACAGGCAUCAGGAGAAAGUGUGUGUUUACUGAGCGCAGGACAAACGCUGUGGAGACUGAAGACGAGGACAGACUGAGCUGAAAUCAACACACACAGUGUGAUGUCCACAGGCCCCCAGGACUCCAGCAUGGAUCAGCUUGGACUGCAGAGGAGAGGAGAACUUGUGUCUUAUCAGAUUUUCCCUGACCCAGAGGAGGAGCAGCAGGAUCAGGAUCAGGAUCCAGCAGAGGUGCGCAACAGUGUGGCUCGGCUGAAGGAGCGUCUGCCAUCCAUCGUGGUGGAGCCGUCGGAAGAGAGCGAGGAGGAGGUGCAGCAGUGGUUCCCCCGAUCCCAGACCUCCAUCGAGGAGCAAGAGCAGGAGCAGGAGGAGGAGCUGGAGCUGUUCCAGGACCAGUGUGAGGCCAGCGGAGGCGGACAGGACGAGCACAGAGAUGUGGAGGGAGUUCCUCACUUCAAACGUUCAUCAAUUCCUGGGAUUGAGGUUGACUACAACAGACUGACACCACCCCCUUUGCUGACAUCAUCCCACGCGGCUCCGCCCUGCCUCCGUAGCUGAGGGACAAACAGCAGAUCUGCGAAUGACAAACACGUUGACAAAACACCACGUCUCAGGGGAUUUCUCCAGUGCAUAUAUGUUCAAUGCAGUGUAAAGAUGUAGAUGAAAGUGUCUGCCAAGUGCACUGUCUUUUUGAGGACUGAAAACUCUUCAGCAUGCUGUACUUUCUGAUGAUAACUAGGGAAUCCAUAUAUACAUAUAUAUAAUGCUACCUUCAAGAUUGAACCCAUACAGUUGGUGCAUUUGAUGUUUGAUGAUUUAGUGAUAUUAAAUCAUGUGUUUUUGAUUGAAAUAAAGCCAGUCCUGUGAGCAGUAUGAUAUAUAGGACACAUGUGUUUAUGGAUCUGCAGUGCUAUGUAUCUGUGAGGGCUAAUCACCAUCUGCUCUGAUAUUUGAGCCGAAUAUUGAAGUUGUAUUUAGUAUUAUGCACUUUAAAUGCACAGAGUUUAGUGUAUUUAAUUUUGUGUAAGCUGCAGAGAAUAUGCUCGACACCUGUAUGAUUGAGCUCAAUAAAAUACAUUUUAAUGUC